AACAAAUGAUGAUCAUAGGAAGCACAACCCUCCACAGCCUCCCUUUAUAUUAAUCCUUCUCCUCUCUUCCCAACACUAUCAUCACUUCUGUCUGCCCCUUUCCCCUCUCUCUCUUUCUCUCUCUUCAUCUUUGGAAACUUCAAUCACAAUCCUCCUAUUUUUGUACUAUACUUGUGUAUUGUAUACUCUACUACAGUUUCAUUUCAUUCUCUCUGUUGCUAACUGACAAAGCAUGAAACAUCAACAACAACAAAGCCUUAUCCUCCAAAGAAGCAAAAGCGCCACCACAAGAAACAACAGAACUAGAAUCAUCCCUUCAAACCACAGACUCUCAGAAUCCGAUGAUUUCUCCGGCAAACUCCUCAUAAAGCAAGGAUCAUCCCCCUCAAUCCCUUCCUUCUCCAAUCACCACCACCAACAAUCCACAAAACCAACAACAAAGAAACUAUCCUCACUCAUAAGAUCAUUUCUCAACAUCUUCACCUUCCAAACCAUCUUCCCUUCAUGCAACUGGCUAACAAUUCCUUCAACCCUCUCAACUUCAAUCUCCCCUUCUCUCACCCGCAAAGUCACCGGAACACUCUUCGGAAACCGCCGCGGCCACAUCUCCUUCGCUGUCCAACUCCACCCUCGCGCCGAGCCUCUCCUCCUUCUCGAACUUGCGAUGUCCACCUCCUCUCUUGUCAAAGAGAUGUCUUCCGGCCUAGUCCGCAUCGCGCUUGAGUGCCGGAAGACACCGGCAGCCUCGGAUAUCAAAGGCCGCCAUCACAGACUCUUUCAUCAGCCGGACUGGACCAUGUACUGCAACGGAAGAAAGUGCGGUUAUGCCGUGUCACGCACGUGCGGGGAACUAGACUUGCACGUGCUGAGAACCGUGCAGAGUGUCUCAGUUGGUGCAGGAGUGAUUCCAAUGCUGGAAGACGGUGGUGGUUGCGGCGGGGCAGAGGGUGAGUUGAUGUAUAUGAGAGCAAGAUUUGAACGGGUCGUUGGGAGCCGUGAUUCGGAAGCUUUUUACAUGUUGAAUCCGGAUGGUAAUGGAGGACCUGAACUUAGUAUUUUUCUAUUGAGAAUAUGAUAUGAUUGAUGUAAGAAAAUAAAAUAAAAAAUGUCUUAGAAAUUGAGUUUGUUUGUUUGAAAUAGCUUUGGAAAAUUAGGGCAUUGUGUGAGAUUGAUAUAUGUGAUAUGGGUUGUUUAGUUAGGAAAUAUGAUUUCAUGACUUGUUAAUUUGAUGUUAGUACCUGUACUAUAUACAUAAAGAUGAGAUUGUAUGUGACUUAAUUUCAGAUCAAGUUAAUUGUAUAUUCUAAAUCACCCUAAUAACACAAGUGAGGAGUUUUGAA